AUGGACUCGAUUAUACCGGCAGGCGUCAAGCUAGAUGAUUUACAAGUGAUAUUGGCUAAGAACGAGAAUGAAACCAGGGACAAAGUGUGUAAGCAGAUCAACGAAGCACGCGAUGAAAUUCUGCCGUUGCGAUUGCAGUUCAAUGAAUUCAUACAGAUAAUGGCAAACAUAGACCAAGAAGGAUCCAAGCAGGCUGACCGUAUGGCCAAAUACCUACAUAUCAGAGACAAGAUUUUGCAACUGAACGAUAGAUUCCAGACUUUGUCUUCGCAUUUAGAAGCACUGCAACCUUUAUUCAGCACUGUACCAGAAUACUUGAAGACUGCAGAUAACAGGGACAGAAGUUUCCAGCUUUUGGAACCGUUGAGUACUUAUAACAAAAAUGGCAACGCCGUUUGCUCGACAGCAACUGUUGUAAGCACCAACCACUCUGCGGCCGCUUCGACACCCACCACAACUGCCACCCCUCAUGCAAAUCCCAUCACACAUGCGCACUCGCUUUCGAAUCCAAAUAGCACCGCUACAAUGCAACAUAAUCCCCUGGCCGGCAAGAGAGGUCCAAAAAGCGGUAGUACUAUGGGAACUCCAACCGUACAUAAUAGCACUGCAGCUGCACCGAUUGCGGCACCUAAAAAGCCAAGAAAACCAAGACAAACCAAGAAGGCAAAGGCUCAAGCUCAGGCUCAAGCGCAGGCUCAAGCGCAGGUCUACGCACAGCAGUCGACUGUCCAGACGCCAAUAACAGCAUCGAUGGCAGCCGCGCUACCCAACCCAACUCCUAGCAUGAUUAACAGCGUUUCGCCCACAAAUGUUAUGGGCACGCCGCUGACCAACAUGAUGUCUCCCAUGGGGAACGCAUACUCAAUGGGAGCUCAAAACCAAGGGGGACAAGUAUCUAUGUCACAAUUCAAUGGCAGCGGCAAUGGAUCCAAUCCAAAUACAAAUACAAACUCCAAUAACACCCCGCUACAGUCACAAUUAAACCUAAACAAUCUAACCCCUGCUAAUAUCCUAAAUAUGAGCAUGAAUAACGAUUUCCAGCAGCAGCAGCAACAGCAACAGCAGCAGCAGCAGCCUCAACCACAGUACAAUAUGAAUAUGGGCAUGAAUAACAUGAAUAACGGGGGGAAAGAACUGGAUUCUCUAGACCUGAACAAUCUGGAAUUAGGUGGUCUGAACAUGGAUUUCUUGUGA